AAAGAAAUUAGAUUUCAAAAUCACGCAAUUAUUUUUUAAUGCAUCUAACGUGACUGUUUGUACAUUUUUCGACAAAAAAUUCCACAAAAAUGUAAUGAACAAAAAUAAAACGUCGACAAUAAACUUUGUGACACAAGGUUGCCAACCAAACAUACCUCUAAAAAUUGUAAGUAAUUAACCACAAAAUUUUAUUCAAAAUAAACCUUAUCGGUGAUGAUUGCUACUGAAUUCGUGCUUUCCUCGUAAUGCAAACUGUGUAAAUCUCCGUCCGAACGUUCAAAGUUGCCAUGGAUUAUUUAACGGAGGGCAUAGCGCUAGGUGUUGACCUCGUGAUCUUCGCAGUCUGCGUAAAACAAUACUACCGCAAUAAAAAUGCAAUGGCGAUGAUCCAGGGGGCUCCAUACUUAGCCAUUAAUAAAGACUUAAAGGAGAUUGUAGACACCCAUCCGGAAAAGAAAUUGUCUUAUGUAUCCAUUCGUGGCACUGUUAAACCUUUAGGCAAACCUAUCAUCAGUAGUAACAACCCCAACGUCAGUGGGGUGGUACAGCUGCUACGUAUUAAAGAACAUGUGAUUCAAAGGAGCACUACAGGGUUUUGGUCCGAUUCAGAGCGUAUUGUGCAAGAAGUGCACAAUGUUAUGCCUUUCGCGCUUACUAGUAAGGGGGUACAAGUGGAGGUGGCGGAUCCAUUGGCGGCUGACGUAUUAGACAUGGAUGUCAUAUCGGAUGUUUUUAAUCCCACAGUGCCAAGCGUGAUGGACCAUAUUUGGGGCUUUUUUGCAGGAAUUAGACAGAGGGGCGUCCAAUCGACAGAAAAAAUGUUAAGAGAAGGAACUACUAUUACAGGAAUAGGAGAGUUGGUAUACUCUCAGGAUGCAAAUAUUUUAAAAUUACAACCACCGUCCAACGGGGCUCCUUUUUAUUUGACGAAUAUGCAAGUGACGUCGUUAAUUAAGAAACUGAAUAACUCCAAGAGAAAUUAUAAAUUUUUAUGUAUACUAUUUGGUACGAUAGGAAUAGUUUUGGGAGGGUUUAUUAUUAGGAAAUACUGGCAAUAUAAAGAUAGGAUAUUAGAAGAACAUAGACGGAAACAACAAUUGGACGAAUCCAGGCGAAGACGAAGGAGACAAAUGCGCGAUCAGAAUCUUCCAGAUAAUCAAAUUUGUGUAGUUUGUAAAAGUAAUCCAAUUGAGAUAAUUUUAUUACCUUGCGGACAUGUCUGCCUAUGUGAAGACUGCUCUAUUGACAUUUCAAGCAAUUGUCCAGUCUGUAGAGCCCCCAUAGAAAAGAAAUCAGUGGCUUACGUCGCCUAGUUAUUUAUUGUUACAUAAACAAUCUGUUUUACAAUUUUUCUCUUGUAUAAAUUUUUUAACUUUA